CCUGCGGGCUGGGCAUCCCGUGGCUUCUCCUUGCGCUGGGCGGUGGCUCCGGGGGUGGGGUGGGGAGGUUUCGAAAACGGUCGUCUGGGAAGGUGGGAACGAACCCGGGCCCGGCUCUCCGCAGCGGCCCAGCGGGAACAUGGCGGCCCUGACGACGGUGGUGGUGGCGGCGGCGGCCACGGCUGUGGCCGGGGCGGUGGCGGGGGCGCGCGCGGCCGCGGGGACCGGCGUGGGAGCGGCGGCGGCGGCGCCGCAACAGAAUGAUGGCUGCUUUAGUACUUCUGGGGGAAUUCGUUCUCUUCAGCUACAAAACUGGAAGCAGAAAGUCAGUCGGACUAAGAAAGCAGAAUUUAUAUGCACAGCAGAAAAGUUAAAAAAUCAGGUUAUUGUCCUAGAAAAAGAUAAACACAAUCAUUUCUACAACCAAAAAAGUGACUUGAGAGUUGAGCAUAGUCUGCUGGAAGAAUUGGAAAAUAAAUUGAUAAACAGCAGAAAAACAGAAAGAGCAAAGAUCCAACAACAGUUGGCCAAAAUACAUAACAAUGUAAAGAAACUUCAGCAUCAGUUGCAAGAUGUGAACCCUACACCUGAUUUUGUUGAAAAGCUCAGAGAAAUGAUGGAAGAAAUUGAAAAUGCAAUUAACACUUUUAAAGAAGAGCAGAGGCUGAUAUAUGAAGAGCUUAUAAAAGAAGAGAAAACAACUAGUAAUGAGUUGAGUACCAUAUCAAGAAAAAUCGACACAUGGGCUCUGGGUAAUUCAGAAACAGAGAAAGCAUUCAAGGCAAUCUCAAGCAAAGUUAGCCAGGUUCCCAUAGAUAAAGUGACGUGGAGCGCCCUUCCAGAAGAAGUGGUAGACUUUGAAAAGUUCCUUCAGCAAACAGGAGGGCGACAGGGUGGGUGGGACGAUUUUGAUCACCAGAACUUUGUGAAGGUGAGAAACAAAUAUAAAGGGAAGCCCGCAUUUCUGGGAGAAGUACUGCAGCACCUCCCAGGAAGAACCCAGGAUGAAGUUCGCCAACAUGAACAAUGGUAUCAGAAGUUUCUGGCCCUAGAAGAAAGGAAAAAAGAGUCCAUUCAGAAUUGGAAAACUAAAAAGCAGCAAAAGAAGGAGGAAAUUUUCAAGUUGAAAGAAAAGGCAGACCAUACAUCUAUGCUUUUUCAUAACAAACCAGAUAAUCAAAAGCAAAAAGAGGAACAAAGAAAGAAACAGAAAUUGGCAGUUGAAGCUUGGAAAAAACAGAAAAGUAUAGAAAUGUCAAUGAAAUUUGCAUCCCAGUUAAAAGAAGAGGAAGCGAAGGAGAAAAGGCAGCAGAAAGAACGCCAGCGCCAGUCUAAGCUUAAAUUACUCCUGGAAAGCUACACGCAACAGAAGAGAGAACAGGAAGAAUUUCUGAGGCUUGAAAAGGAGAUCAAGGAAAAGGCAGAAAGGGCAGAAAAAAGGAAGACGGCUGCUAAUGAAAUUUCCAGGUUUCAAGAAAGAGAUUUGCAUAAACUUGAAUUGAAAAUUCUAGACAGACAGGCAAAAGAAGAGGAAAAGGCAGAGAAGCAAAGACGACUCGCAAAAUUCAAAGAAAAGGUUGAAAAUAAUGUUAGUAGAGAUCCCACUAGGCUUUAUAAACCUACCAAAGGUUGGGAAGAACGAACCAAAAAGAUAGGACCAACAGGCUCUGGGCCACUUCUUCAUAUCCCACACAGGGCUAUUCCAAGCUGGAGACAAGGAAUGUAGGGAAGAAUAUGAGACAGUGGAAAAGCUGUUCAUUUGAUGAGCAUGUUCAGAGCACUGUUCUAGCUGGAGAGAGUGAUUACCCGUGUUCUGUAAAUAGCACUAGCUUAGUCAGGUUGGUCAAUGUGCUGUAUGUGGAUCAAGAGGUCUGAAGUGUCUGUGGCAUUGUCUGGAUUUCUCGUUUAUACUAAGAGGGUGUUUAAGGUCUGUGUUGCAUAGUAUUGGUAUAAAAGGUAUUUAAAUAAGUAUAUGUUAAAACAUUACUCCAUUUAAAUACUCUAAACAUUUCAAAGACAUUUUGUUUUUGUCAAAGCAUACCAAGAUAACUUAAGACAAUCAGACUUUUUUAAGCCAAAAUUUUGUAACUUUUUAUAACUUGGACAUAAGCUUGAGUAAAAAAAAAAAGUGAGUUGUGUUUUUUAAAGUGUUAUGUGAUAUCGUAGUACUUUUUCUAAGUUUAACAAACUGGUAGUUGUUGUUAUUGAAUUUUUGUGCAAUAAAUAUUUUUAUCUGUUUAAAGCAUGCUUUGUUUUAUAUAGAGAAUAUUUUAGAAAUACCUUUCACCUCAUAUACUGUAUUAAUUAUGUUACAUCUUUUUGGUUGCCUUCAGCUGUUCUAAAUUUCCUCUCAGCCUUUCUAUGCAUCACAGAUUUAUAAAAUCUUUGUGUCUUUUACUUCUUACUGGCUGGUGGACUUUUCUUGUCUGCUUCAAUUUAUUUCAAAAUGGGAAAAUUCUUCGUUCUGAAA